AUGGACAAACAUCUAUUUGCGCCCUAUCUCUUCACUCUUUGCGGCCUCAUCCUCUUCCACGCGCUGUCUGCCGUCAACGCGCCGGACACAGAAAUCAAGGUUAGUGGGGGCAACUACACCAACGAAGACUCUUGCUCCAUCACCUUUUCGAACAUCACUCUCACGUUGCUGGGAGCGGUGAACGUCGAAACCAACUCAACGGACGGGGUGUGGCUCACCUUGUCGGGCGGUGGGAAGUUCACCUUCCGCCAGAACACGCUGCGGCUCACCGGAGCCCUUUCUGUUGCGGGAAACACUACGGUGGUGCAGGAUUGCGACAUGUUCUUGUCGGUGCCCACUGAGUCAUUUUGGGGUGUGACUCUGAUCCAGUUGCAGGAUGGGAAAUGGAUCCAGAACGGCAAGCUGGACAUGUCUGUGGUGCCAUCGCUCUCCGAAGCGGCCCCAUCCGGGUUCAGACUGUACGGACAGUGGAUGCAGGAUGGCCACGCUGAGCUGUCUGCAGAUACAGGCAACUUGGUGUGGAUGGACUCAGGCUCGCAGUGGGUUGGGACUGCCAAUGUUAAGAUCUCCAUUGCGAGCGAAUAUUGUAAGGGCGUCAUCGUGAGAAGCAGUGCUGUGUGGUACCAAGCGACGACCUCGACGCUUACUGGCAUAGCAGCCAAUUGCUCGUCGGCAACCUGCAGUGGGGUUGCGUUGGUGUCAGAGCCCGUUUGGACGCAGAACGGUAAGCUUGUUAUGAGCGUCACCUCCAUGUCGACCGUCUUGUCCAUUGGCGUCGACGGCAAUUCUGGCGCCAGCUCUGAGGGCUUCAUGACGUGGAUUCAAACUGGAGCCGUGACGCUCAACGCCACCGGCUCGGGAGCUGCCGCAGUGCUCUGCAAUCCUAACAGCGCGCUCAAGUGGUUCUCCUCAGUUCCUCCUGUCAUCAAAACGGCGCUCAACGCCACCGGCAUCGACUCGGCGUGCGUCUUGCUCGUGCUGCCUUCGCCGUCGCCUCAGUUCAUCUUCUCCAACUCGACCAACGAGAAGUCCAUGCCGGCCCUGCGCGUCAACCUCACCGCCCCAGCAGCUGCCAUCACCCUCUUGCCCAAAGAUUCCAGCGGAAAGGAGCAGGGCUCGGCGGCCGUCGGUCUCUCGCUGGGCACCAUCAGCAGCUCCGCCACCGACAAUAACUCGACGAUCACGGCCACAGUCACCAAUGGUACUUGGGCCGCCCUAGAGAACAACACGCUCGGCGCGGAUCAAUCAUUCCUCUACUCCUGCGGACUUCAAUUUCCUUCUUCUGAUGGCGACGCCAAUGCGACGGUGGCGGCGCUGGGCCUGCAGUUCUUCCUCUUCUCCAACACCACCGAGGUCAAUCUGGGAGGCGACACGCCGGUCAAGUUCAACGUGUCGCCGGCCUUCGCCAAGUUCACCGUGCGCCUCACCGACUGGGUGUGGCAGUCGCCCGACGACCCCAACGAGCGGGCCGAAGUGCGCGUGGCCAUCACGCCCGCCUUCACGGGCUUCAGCGAAGUGGCCGGCGACGAGGCCGACUUCGUGCGCGAGUUCGCCCUCACAGGCCAGCAGACCACUUACUCGGGUCGCGCGUCGACUCGGGUGCGGCUGGUGGAAGCUGUGGAGCUCGAUGGCAAGCUCGUGACGGCCAAGGAGGCGGGCGGCAACGGGCGCAAGGCGGUGGAGUUCACACUGGAUGCCAACAGCUCAAGCCUGGUGGUGUCUUUCGCGCGGUUCCACACGAGCGCCGUCUACGAUCCUGAUCUGGGGGUGCUGUUGACGGGGCGGAGCGGCGAUGGAGGAGGAGGAGGCAGCAGCGACAAUACGGGUCUGAUCAUCGGGGUGGCGGUGGCGGUGCCGUUGGCUGUGCUCUUGGUGCUCGUGGUGAUCGUGUCGGCCGUGGCCAUCACUUACUGGCGGAAGAAGCAACAAGUGAACAUCGCCGCCGAGGCUGCCAUCAACUUCAACCCCGAUGACGGCCUCUAA